CUGGUGCACUGUAACCUGAGGCACAACAACCUUAGGGAUUUCCCGAUGUCGGUGCUGCAGUGUGGAGACCUCAUGUUCUUACAGCUGAAUAAUAAUCAGAUAUCCAGCUUACCGGAAGACUUUGAUAUCAACACCCUUCAAGUACUAGAGAUGAUAGACAUGAGAGACAAUCCCAUUUGUGAGCUUGAACAUCCUAAACACAUGCUUAUCCGCUACGCCGACGUUUCAACGCCCAGCUCUCUAAGCGAGAUAGCCUCAGCAUCAGGGUCAGGCGCCACGCUGCCGCUCUGGCCAUCAACGCCACUGCCCUGCGCUUACCUGCUGUACCAGGCCCAAGAAGCCGAAAUGGAGCUGGACGCAUCAUCAGUAGACUCAUCUGAAGACUGGGAGAACAGCGUCAAUAGUUCAGAGUUGGACGUGCAAUAUCAGAGCGAUGAAGAACGCGCGGACAAUGAGGUGAGGUUGUCAUAA